CCUCCUAGAAAGAAAUUAAGACAGGACUAACAGGAAAUGUCGGACAUGUCAGUGUGAAAUAAAACAUCCGAUCUGGAAAGUCUUGUGUGCAGUAACAGCAUGCACUAAGCUAAACUGCAUUCAUAAAGAAAAGAGAUCACCUAAAAGGAUAGUCUGAAUAUCACUCUGCAUCCGACAUAAAAAAUGGCACAACUUCUGAAAGCACUGCUCAGUGUGUCUGAGAAAUCUGCCAACAUUGCCAGAUUGUGGAGACAAGAAGAAACCCUUUUCCAGAUGCUUAUUGAGGAGAAGACUGGCAUGGACAAAAAUAAAAAGUUUGUUCAAGAUUUCAAAACUCUAGCAGAUGUCCUUAUUCAGGAAGUCAUCAAGCAUGAUGUGGGACAGAAGUUUCCUGAACUAAAAAGCUACAUUGGAGGAGAAGAAUCAAACAAAUUUGAGAAUGGUUUAGGUGAAACAAUUAUUGUAGAAGUGUGUAAGACCAAGCAGGAGACAGCUGGAUUGUUGUACCACAUCCUGGAUCACAGUGAAGUAGCAGCACAACUCCUGGCAGACGUUAUUCAUCAGGACGUGGUCAUUGAAGAUGCUGCAGCAGAGACUGUGACAGUGAAUAUCGCCACUGAAGCCAUGGGAAUAUGGAUAGAUCCCAUAGAUUCUACUAACCAGUAUAUCAAGGGAAAAACGGAUGUGAUCCCCAUUGAUGGAAUCUACCCAUAUGGACUGAAAUCUGCUCUGGUUUUAAUUGGGGUUUAUGACAGAAACACAGGUGAUCCUGUUAUAGGCAUCAUUAAUGAACCCUUCUACCAGCAAGACUGCAAGACACUGCAGUGGCGUGGUCACUACUACUGGGGAAUAUCCUAUAAUGGCACUAAUAUCUCUUCAGUCCCACGACCUGAGCCACAGCCCAGUAUCUCUGUUGUGUUAAGCAGCAGUGAAAAUGAAAACACCAAGCAGUCCCUGAGCUGCCUAUGUGGAAGGAAGAUGUAUUAUGCUUGUGGAGCUGGCUACAAGUUUCUAUGUCUUCUAACUGGACAUGUUGACACAUAUGUAUUUUCAGAAGACACCACCUUUAAGUGGGAUUCCUGUGCACCACAUGCCAUUCUGAAAGCUCUUGGAGGGGGUAUACUGGACCUUGCUGGAUCUCUGAAGACAAAGGGCAAGCAACAUGCAGAGCUGCCAGAGCUGAAGUACAACAAACCUAUUCAGGGUGCCAUGGGAGCAAAUCAGUGGGCAAACCAAGGUGGUUUGAUUGCAUUUGUGUACAGGAGCCACGCUGAGGUCAUUCUGAAUGUACUUGAUCAAGUAAGCAUCAACUGAUAAAUAGUUUGAUGUGGCUGUCUUUUACAUUCAAUGCCUUUCCGAGGUCUAGAUGACAGCAAGAGCUGCUAAUUCAUUUUUUGUAUAUAGGAACUCAAAACUCUGUGUAAGUUCCACCUUAGGUCUCUUCUGAAAACUGUCCAUAGGCCUUAAGAACGCCAACCUGGUUAACUGAAAUAAAUAAAACAAUUAAAAAUGUAUGUCUGUGUUUUAGACAGAUUUCUAAGAAAGAAAGAAGGAAAGCAAGAACAAAAUGCAUUAUUUUGCAAACUAGUUAUUUAGCUUUAUCAUUUGUUAAGCGCAGUGUUAUGCGGGUUUGAGGCUGGUAUCUACAGCACAUUUAUACUGAUUGUAUUUCCUUAGACAAUGCCUCAGGCCAUGUUAGCUCACUGUUUACUUUCAUUGUUUUCCACAUGGAUUCUAGUGCUUCAGUGGUGUAGAAGAUUAAUAUGUGCAGGAGGCACUUGCAUGCAUUCUGGUCAGUAGGUCUCUCCAGUGAUCCUGCUUUUAUCUUCCAGACAAUUUUUUGCUACUAACAAGCUUUCACAUUGUGGCAGCCAUUACGUCAGAAGGUUCCCCUAAUCUAAAGAACAGACAAAUGAGACAUGUCUAUUCAUAACCUUCCCUCGUGUGCCUUGCAGUAAGUUGAAUGUGUUUUCAAAUUCAGGCUACAGGUAUAAACAAGCCUGUAUACGAUCACGAGGAAUAUGCAUACUGCUGGUACAACAAAGUCUUGUUUGCUGUUGCAGAAACUGUUCUUUAUGUUUUGUUUUCAGUCUUUUUGAGCAGUAAUAAAAGUAGUCACCAACA